AUGGAGGGCCCAACAGCGGACCAAACAGAGAACGAAGAACCUACCGUUUCUCCGGCGGCUCCCAAAAAGAAGAGAAAGAGCCGCAGGCCAAAGAGCAAGAGAGGAAAGAGCAAACCAACGGGCUUCGAGGAGUACUACGUCGACGCUCCCAUGACGGUGGAGGAGUACGAGACCGAGCAGAGCCUAUACAAUGUUCGUGUGGAGGAUGCCCUCUUGCGCUUCAACAAGAACCGUCGCAUUGAGUCUGAUAGACUAGAUGUUUUCUACAAGUACCUUAGCUAUGGGGGCAUUGAUGUGUCCCCCAAGAUGUUUGCAGGAACCGACGACCGUGGCUUGAAGGAGUUGGAUAACGAGCAGAUACUCUAUGCAAGAGGGCUAACCGCCAUCGAUAAGGAUCGUGCUAAUUUGACUAUCGAUUUCAACAUCGUGGUGAAAGGAUAUCUGACUUCUUAUUUCCCUUUCUACUUCAAUCCCUACAACGAAGACAUGAUCAAGCUGGCCACCGUCACGAUUCGCAGCUUCCUAUCAUACCUCCUCUACCAUGACGUUUGCCCAGAGUACAAAGAGAAUAUCGAAGAGGCCCGAAAGUCCUGCGACAUCGCCACCAAAGAGCUCUGGAAGAACCAACAGCUCACGGCCAGCGGACCGGGAGACUUCAACACGGCCUGUUCUAUACUCUUUGGCGGGUUUGAGCACGAACUAUAUGUCGAGAACAGUCAGUGGAAAGAUCCUGAGGACGGCAAGUGUCAAAUGACCAAAGCCGUGGCGCAGAAGGUUUUGAGAUUCGGGUUGACUGUUGCCGGAUCGGACGACCUUGCGUCUUCUUUCCAGCAGAUGUUGACUGGUGGCACUCUCGCAGCCUCGAAGAUGGAGGACAUUCACGGAUUCGAAGUCACUGAAGUGCAUCUUCUUGACGAAGAGGGAUGGAAAUUCUAUCAAGACAAGGCCCCCGAUCUUAAUCCUGUCGGAAUCCUGUUCGGAAGAACCUAUUAUGACACAAGUGAGCCAGAGUUCGAUCUCUCACCCAAAGAGCGCGAGGAACGGGCCAAGAAUGAUAGACCGCUGCCGGAGCUUACGUUCUUCUUAGAAGAAAGCCUUUUAGCGCAUUGUUACCCCGGGAUGAAGAUUAUCACUACCGUCUGGGAGAUGAACUGCGGCUUCCACUACUUCGAGGAUAUCAUCAAAGGUUACUCCUCCAUUUAUACGCCGCUAGUCAAUGAGCUCAUGAUAGGAUGGAAGAAACCACGGCCUGUCUCUGCAAAGGGCGAAGAUGAGGACAGUGAUUCGGAGGACGGAUCAGAGCAGCCAGAGCUCUAA